UGUUAGCAUGAGGUCGCGUAUCGGCUUCACAGGCGGGCGCUGCGCCAACUCGCAAAAAGUGCCACGACUCCAAAAGUCAGCGGCGAUUCUUUAUCACUGUGAGUUUGACCGCAGGAUCAGGAUUAGGAAGGACGGGACUGAGCAAAGAUGGAUGUGUACGACCCUCAAACUCUAGGAAUUGUGGUGUUCGGUGGCUUCAUGGUGUUCUCUGCCAUUGGCAUUACGCUUGUGUCAACUUUUUCCAUGAAGGAGACAUCUUAUGAGGAAGCCCUGGCCAAACAGCGGCAAGACUCAGGCAAGAUCCAACCCCAGCGCUCUGACAAGAAGAAAAAGGCAUCUGAAAAGAAAAACAAGGCCAAAAAGAAGGAGGAGAAGCCAAAUGGGAACCUUCUAGAACCUGAGCCUGAGCCUGAGCCUAUCCUUGAACCUGUGGUUGAGAACAGUGAGCCCAAAGCAGUACCUCAAGUUGAACCAGAACCCCAACUUGAACCUGUGCCUGUUCCCGAGCCUGAAUCUGAAGUUAAACCCAAGCCAGUUGUACCUGAACCAGCUCCUAAGAUUGUUGAGUGUCCUGUCCCUCCCACUGUAAGUGCUGUGGUGGCCCCACUUGCUCCUUCCCCCAAGGAGAAGAAAAAGAAGAAGGUGGCCAAGGUGGAACCGGCCCCCGUCAAACCUGUGGAGGUCCCAGAAGUUGUAGUUAAGGUAGAGCCAGUGGUUGCAGAGGUGGUGGUGAAAGCAGCAGUCGCCCCUGAGGUUGCUGCUCCCCCUUUAGCUGAAGAACCCAAAGCUGAAGCUGCAACCAAGAAGAAGUCUAAGAAGAAGGCUGAGCCAGUGGCUUCUGUGGAAACGGCCAAUGUCCCCGAGCCGUCACCAUAUAAAACUCUGGUCUCCAGUCUGAAUAGUGCAUCGUUCAGCGAGUCAGAGACCCAGAAACUCUUUGAGAUAAUCAGCAAGAAGGCAGGAAAGGACACCUGGCAACUGGCAUCUCAGAAGGGUGACCCGUUGGCGGCAUUGAAGAAGCAGCUGGAGGAGAAGGAAAAGCAGCUGACUGCUGAGCAGGGCAACGUAGCUGCAGCCAAGACCCGUGUCAAAGAGCUUACCAAGGAGCUGAGUUCUGCAAAGAGCAAGAUGGCAUCCGUAGAGACCCGUAUGAGCUCUGAGAUGAGCACCCGUGGCCAGGAGAUUGCAGCUCUUCAGGCUCGUAUGCAGGCUUCCUACCAGGAGCAUGUCAAGGAGACACAACAGCUCAACAGCAAGAUCCAAAGCCUGCAAGAGCAGUUGGAGAACGGACCCAAUGCUCAGCUGGCUCGUCUGCAACAGGAGAACUCUAUUCUCCGAGAUGCCCUCAACCAAGCCACUAGCCAAGCAGAAAGCAGGCAGAAUGCAGAGUUGGCAAAGUUGCGUCAGGACUGUGUGCGGCUCAACCGAGAGCUGAAAGAACGCACGGCCGCUCAGCAUGUUGAAGAAGAGCGCAGGAAGACUCUGGAAACCAAGAUGGCGGCUGCCGAAGAACAGUUAGCACAAACAAAAGUGUCCCAUGUGGAAACAGAGCAGGCUCUGCAGAAGAAGUUGGAUCACGUCAGUGAGGAACUCCGUGAGGCUCAGCACGGCAGCACCACGCUUCAGGCUCAAGUAGACGCAGCAAAAGAGCAUGUCAAGACUCUCACUGAACUCCAGGAGCGAAUGCGUGCCACAGAGACAGAGCUGAAAGACAGAUGUGAAGAGCUGGAGAUAUUGAAAGCACAGCUGUCUCCGACAACAACGGUUACUGAGGAAAAGCCCUCUGUGGAGACGGAAGCAACAGCACAGAAGGAGGUUGAACAGUUGAGGAAGAGUCUGAAAGAGAGGGAGGACCAGCUGACAUCACUGGAGGCGGAGUUUAAUCAGCUGAGGGCGGAGCUUGACACAGUAAAGAGAACUCAGGCUGAGGAAACUCAGAAUAGGGUAAAUGAGGUCGACACUGAACGGAGGGAAUACACCGCAGAGAUCGACCUGCUUAAAACUAGUCUAAAAGAAAAAGAGGAUUUGGUGGCAUCUCUACAGGCUCAGCUGGAAAAGAUGGAAAGUGCUGAGAGCGCUGAAGCAGAGCCGCCAUUUGAGAAUCUGGAGAAGGACGCGCGCAUGAUCUCACUGGAGGAGGAACUCCAACAGCUUAAAGAAGAGAUAGAGAGAAUGAAGGCCAAGAGCAAUGAACUGCGUGAGAAGAACUAUGCCGCGGUGGAGGCUCUAGCUGCUGCUGAGAGGCUGAGUGAAGAAAGACUGAGCCAAGUCAAGGCCGCACAGAGUGAAAUUGAACAGCAGCUGAGCUCUUUCCAGACAGACACCAGAAACGCCUUCCACAAGCUCUUUCCUCACAUCAGCAUAGAAACGCACCAGUCAAACUGGCUGGAAGCAUUCACACAUGAAGCACAGAUGACUCCAGCAGAACAGCAGCACACAGUGUCAAGCUCAGAUUCGACGGAUCUGCAGCAGAAGCUCGCUCUAUCAGAGGAGAGCCAGAAGUCACUCCAGGCCGAGUGUGAACACUACAGAUCAACUCUCAGUGAAACGGAGAGCAUGCUGAAAGUUCUGCAGAAGAGUGUGGAGGAUGGCGAGCUCAAGUGGAAGUCAAAUAUUUCAGAUGCUGAGCAGCAAAAACAGGCGGCCCUGGAUCAGGUGAAGGUCCUAGAGGAGACAAUAGAGAAGAUAAAUGCGGAAAAACAAGACACUGAUGAGCUGAAGGGGCAGGUGAUGCUUUUGGAAGCACAGCUGGAAAAACAGCUGGAGUCCAUAACCAUCAGUCAAACGUACGCAGAAGAGAUGUCUCAGCUGAAAGCAUUGCUAUCAGAAACUCAGGUCCAGCUGGUAUCAGCCAAAGCGGAGGCUCAGCAACAGAGAGCAGAACUUGCACUGGUCAGGCAGGAGCUACAGGAAGUGACUCGGCAAGUACAGAACGAGGAGAGCACACAGUCCACUCAGGUGAAAACACAGCUGGAGGAGGCAACAAAUAAACUGCAGACAGAAGAGGACAUUCGACAGCAGGUUGCAAAUAACUAUGAACAGGCUCAGAAGUGCGUCAGGGAUCUCGAGGCUCAGUUAGAUGAGUUGAAAGCUGCUGGAGAAGGACCAACUGAAGAGCUAAAGGAGAGACUGGAGAAAGAGAAGAAGCUGACGCGAGACCUCGGCCAGGCAGCCACUAAACUUCAACAGCUCCUGAAGAACACUCAAGAAGAGCUGGACAAAGAGAAAGAGACCGUGAAGGACCUGCAGGAACAGUUACACGACAAGGAAGCUGAAGAGUCAAAAGAAGGGACGUCUGUUUGACAGAAUAAACCCGACAACCCAAGUGCCUUAAUUGUUCUUAUGCAUUAUUUACUUUUGUAUUCUCUGCUACUGUAGCGAAUAUGCUGACUGUUAUUAGCCAGUGAGGAUUGUUAAGGGAGGAAGCAUAACAAUAUAUUUGUGACUUUUGUCAGAGCCAUCAUGAGAUGACUGAACACAUCUCCUAAAGUUAUCACAAAACCGCUCGCAGUGUUAAAAGAGAGCAGUGCUGGAGUGAAAGACACAUGAUGACUUGUGCAAUCGCUCUUUUUAUCUUUUGUUUGCAUGUUCUCAUGAGGGUCAAAGGAAGCAACAUUUCAUAAUGCAACACAAGCUACUACACUUUUGUAGUUGGCUGGUAACAAAUGUGAUGAUAUAAUAAUAAUAAUAAUAAUAAACUAUAUACUUUGA